UUCUUCGGUACACGUUCAAAGGCACAAAGUGGGACGCCACGUAGCCUACACAUUACGCAAAGAUAGAUCAAACUUUGGAAGAAGGAUUCUCGAAGAAGACUUUCUCUGCUGACCUUUGUUUCUGAAAGUUUUACAAGGAUUGGAUACAUUUAAGGGGAGGGGAGAUUAUUGCAAGCACUGCUAGUUGUUCAAAGUUGUUCCAGCGGAAGACAAUUGGAUCACGUCAGUCGAGCGCAAAAGUUGUUUGAUACAGUGAAGGAAAAUGAGCCAAACAUCUGAACAGCAGCAGCAGGAUGAAGCGUGCCUCCAAGGUGAACCUGGCGAUGCCAGUAAGGACCAUCCUCAACCUCAGGCUGGCAUGGCAUGGCGAGUAGCUGGUGGGCUAUUCAGCGUCACCAAGGGUGCUGUCGGAGCCACAGUGGGAGGCGUCGCCUGGAUCGGCGGCAAGAGCCUGGAUCUGACCAAGACUGCGGUCACCUCUGUGGCAGCCGUCCCAGCCAUGGGGGUGGGCCUCGUCAAAGGGGGUGUGUCUGCCGUUGCCGGCGGUGUGUCCGCAGUCGGUUCGGCCGUCGCCAGCAAAGUUCCUGGCGGAGGAGGAAAGAAGAAGGACAAGUCCGAUUGAGCUGCCCGGCCGUGAGCGGUGGAUAUGAGAACUUUGAGGAAACUGCAGGGUUUUGCUGUUUUGUUUUUGUGGUGGGGUUUUGAAUGGCCUGGACCAUGAGUGUGUGUGUGUGCACCUCAACACCCAACACCAUGUCUUUGUAUAGGGGUCUUCUGUCCCACAGCGCAGGAGCCCCCUGUAUUUGCCUGUAAUAACCAGCGCCUCAGACUGUUGGAGCAUUUCAUUGAGUGCUGUUGUAUUUUAAGCCAAAGCGUUCUUUGGAAACAGUGCCAUCUUCCAAACAUCAUUGUAAAAAAGUAUUGAACGAGCCUUUUGUUGUUGUUGUUGUUGUUGUUGUUGUUGUGGUGGUUGAUGGUGAUGAUGAGCACCAUUUCAUUUCCCUGUGCGUGAAGAGUAUCAUACAUACAUAUAUAUCUUUUGUCUCUGUCUCUGAUGUGCUGUCCUGUGGACUCCAGCUCAGCCGGCUCAUGCUGUAGGCGUGUGCUCCAGGUGACGGGUGGGUCUCUGAAAUCAGACCCAACUUUGGGCUCCCUCUUGGGAGCGAACUCGGGAGGCGGCUGCCCGGUAGGAAGUGAUGGCCGCUCUCCAUCUUCCUGAUUGAUUCUGUGGCGGAGGUUGCUGACGGGGUGUCUGCCCGGCCCCCGCAGAGCGCCCUGCUGCCCGCACCCUCAGGGCGGGCAACCCCUCCGCGUGUCUCCGAAAAGCACCACUCAAGUGCUGACAGACGGAGUCAAACUCUUGCCUUUUGUUGGCUCUUAUCCAUAGCCACAUUCACAGACAUUCUGUACCAGUGAACUAUAGUACUCCUUGCUGUUUUCCUCCCACCAGAAAUUGAGAAAAAGGAUUUUAGUCAGACAGUCCCAGUAUGAAUUAGACUGUUAUCAGUAGCCAUGCCGAAUAUCUCCUUGUCCCCUGAGCUCUUGAACGCAGCAUUAUGUUUGCUUGGGGACUAAGACGUUACACAAGGGAGAGCUCUGUGCAAAUUGGACUAAUUUUCUUGGCAGAGAUGAUAACUAGUUUGAAGUUCUGUAGUGACCUAAAUGCUUUUCCAGUUCAAUCAAGGAUGAGACUGACAAAUAUCAGAGAGCCUGUUCUUUGUCUGUAUUCUACAAAUAAUUGUACGUACACUUUUAAAAAGCCAAAGAACAUGAUGGUUUAAUCACAUGAAUCAACAAUACUGUUGUUGGCAGUUGAAAUUACAUAUAUUUUCAUAAUUUGAACACUGCCGGCAACACGUUUGUAUUUUGUUAGGAAUUAUAUUUGAUAGUGUUUUUUUUUUCUUUUUUUCUGCAUUUUGAUGUCUGUAUUCUUAAACCUUGAAACAUCCUCUUGCAGUGGGAAAGAAAUGACCUUUCAGUGGAAAAGAGGGAUGUGUCUGAUUGUGUAGAGUGAAAGGAGGAGAGCGCAGCCAAUGGAAGCCACUGGCCUCUGCAGCUGAUGUACACAAGGGCUUUCAUAUGAAGAUGUGAAAGGUGGACUCUUGCGAAAUACUGUUCCUGUGCCUCAGUGAAAUAAAACAUUGUAAAAUGAA